AUGAAAAUUGUGCACCUCUCAUCCUUGGUCUUGACUGCUGUGUUGGCAUUUGUUUACCUUGCCGACGCUCAAAAUGCUUCCAAGUUCGUCAAGUCAGACGUGGACUCUUCCGCUGAAGCUGAGAUAGUUCAAGAGAGCUUUUCGUUCAACCAUCCUCCUGUCUCGCAUCCUCGACCAGCUCCACCUCAAUUUCAUCCUCACCCUCGACCUCCGUCAAGACCCGCUCCUCGGCCUGCACCUCGACCAAGACCGGCUCCUCGUCCCCAUCCUGUCCCACGUCCUCAUCCUCGGCCUGUUCCUCGCCCCCAUCCUGUCCCACGUCCUCAUCCUCGGCCUGUUCCUCGCCCCCAUCCUGUCCCACGUCCUCAUCCUCGGCCAGUUCCUCGUCCUCACCCUGCCCCACGACCUCUUCCCCGACCAGUCCCUCAUUCUCCCCCUCAUUCCAAACCA